UGCUGGGGGACAGGUUACAAAAGCCCCAUGCAGAGUCUUCCUCGGGAUCAGAGGGAGAUACUUCCUGAUAUACUAACCAUUUAUUUACCUUGUGAAGGAUAUUAAACAGAGAGAGGACUAGGAGUCUUCUCAACUCAGCCAUGUCAGACAAAGACAUCGAUGUGAAGAAGCCCAAAAGAAAGGUGGAUGUGUGCGGGUAUCCUCUCAGCAUCUUCUUCAUCGUGGUCAAUGAGUUCUGUGAACGUUUCUCCUACUAUGGCAUGCGAGCGGUGUUGGUCCUGUACUUCAGGUAUUUCCUGAAGUGGGAUGAUGACCUGGCCACCUCUAUCUAUCACACCUUCAUCGCUCUCUGCUACCUGACUCCUAUACUGGGGGCCAUAGUGGCAGACUCCUGGCUGGGGAAGUUCAAGACUAUUGUCUAUUUAUCCAUCGUCUAUACGGUGGGACAGGUCGUCAUGGCAGUAAGCGCCAUACACGACAUCACAGACACAGACAGGGACGGGACCCCUGACAACAUGACCUUCCAUGUGGCCAUGUCUAUGGUUGGCCUGUUCCUCAUCGCUCUGGGGACGGGGGGCAUCAAACCCUGUGUCGCUGCCUUUGGAGGAGACCAGUUUGAAGACCACCAGGAGAAACAGAGGAGCACGUUCUUCUCCAUCUUCUACCUGUCAAUCAACGCUGGUAGUCUCCUGUCUACUGUCAUUACACCCAUCCUCAGAGGCCAGGAGUGUGGUAUCCACUCCCAACAGAAGUGUUAUCCUCUGGCCUUCGGCGUCCCUGCAGCCCUCAUGGUGGUGGCUCUCAUCGUGUUCAUUAUGGGCAGUGGCAUGUACAACAAGACUGCUCCUAAAGGCAACAUUAUGCUGGAGGUCUGCAAGUGUAUCGGG